AUGACUCAUUUACAAGCAGGUCUAUCUCCAGAGACACUGGAAAAAGCCCGGCUGGAGCUGAAUGAGAACCCAGACACCUUGCACCAGGACAUUCAGGAGGUGCGGGAUAUGGUCAUUACCAGGCCAGAUAUUGGCUUUCUUCGCACUGAUGAUGCCUUCAUCUUACGCUUCCUGCGGGCCAGGAAGUUUCAUCACUUUGAGGCUUUCCGCCUCCUGGCCCAGUACUUUGAAUACAGACAGCAGAAUCUGGACAUGUUUAAAAGCUUUAAGGCUACUGACCCUGGCAUCAAGCAGGCUUUGAAGGAUGGCUUCCCUGGAGGAUUAGCCAAUCUUGACCACUAUGGCAGGAAGAUCCUAGUCCUCUUUGCAGCCAACUGGGACCAGAGCAGGUACACCUUAGUGGAUAUUUUGCGUGCCAUACUUCUUUCUUUGGAAGCCAUGAUUGAAGAUCCUGAGCUACAAGUGAAUGGAUUUGUUUUAAUCAUAGACUGGAGUAACUUCACCUUCAAGCAGGCCUCUAAACUUACACCAAGCAUGCUGAGAUUAGCAAUAGAGGGCCUCCAGGACAGUUUUCCAGCUCGAUUUGGAGGAAUUCAUUUUGUCAACCAGCCUUGGUACAUCCAUGCCCUGUACACUGUCAUAAGGCCUUUUCUAAAGGAGAAGACACGCAAAAGGAUAUUUCUGCAUGGAAAUAACCUGAACAGCCUGCACCAACUCAUUCAUCCAGAGAUUCUACCUUCUGAAUUUGGAGGGAUGCUACCCCCUUAUGAUAUGGGUACAUGGGCAAGAACACUGCUAGACCAUGAGUAUGAUGAUGAUAGUGAGUACAAUGUGGACUCCUACAAUAUGCCAGUGAAAGAAGUGGAGAAAGAAUUAUCUCCAAAAUCCAUGAAGAGAUCUCAGUCAGUGGUGGAUCCUGCAGUGCUAAAACGCAUGGAUAAAAAUGAGGAAGAAAACAUGCAGCCUUUACUUUCUCUGGACUAA